AUGAACGGAUCUUACAUCUUCACCGCCGUUGCUGGCGUUUUCGCAGCCUUUGUCUCAGGUGCAUCGGCCUUUUUGAUGAAUGGCAAUGAGGUUGUUGAGCAAGGACCCUCCAGAGUGCUUUUUGCCGGUGAUGCAUUCAUGACCAUUGGCGCUCGCGCCAGUGAUGAAGUCCUCGGUCUGUUCAACAAGGCUAAGGAGGAACUGACUAAGCCGACUCACGAGCUUUUCGAGGCUAUUGAGAGCAAGUCCGACGUCCUGUUCGAGCACCCCGGUGACGCCUCUGCCACCGCCGCCCUCGUCUACUCUAAGCUCGGUGGCAAGGCCGGUUACUUCGGUAUCGUCGGUGACGACCGCAUGGCCACCAAGUUCAACGACUACAUGGCCGGCUACAACGUCGAAAUGAUGACCGUCCGCAGGAGCAACGACAUCACCAGCCAGCUUUUCUCCCUGGUCGGUGAAGACGGCACCUACAACCUGUACAAGGUUCUUGGAGCCUGCGACAGCAUCUCUUCCUCUGACGUUGAUGCCUCCAUCAUGGACAACUUCGACUUCUUCGUCGUCACCACCGACAUGCUCCGUACCGCCUCUCGCACCGCUUUCACCGCCAAGCUGGUUGACGCUGCCAUCAACCGUGGCAAGAAGAUCAUCACCGUCUUCACCGACGUCGUCUUCGGUGACUACGACGCUGAGAUGUUGAAGGCCAUCCUCCACAGCUCGGAGUACGUCUUUGGUUCCAUGGAGCAGUACGUGGCCGUCUACAAAUUCUCCAGCAGGGAUGAUGCGGCUGACGCUAUGCACCAGAAGACUUCUGGCGAAAAGCCGGCGCACAAGGCUAUGCUUGUCAACUUCGGAGAGGAGGGCUUCGCGCUCUUCUUCGACGGCAAGUACCUGUACGUGCCCGCCCCCGAGGUGGAAGUCGAGAGGUCCGACGCUGACGACUUCUUCACUGGCGCCAUGAUGUACGGUAUGCUCAACGGCCGCAAGAUGAAGGAUACCAUCCAGUACGCUCGCGCUGUCCUCGUGGAUGUGUGCUCCGAGAUGGGCGCCUCCCUCAGCGACAACUUCGACGCCUACCUGUCCGAGAUCCCCAGGAUCUGA